AUGUUUAUUUUUCUAAUAAAAUAUACUUCAAUUGACAGGUACUGUGGCCCCAACACUGGCAAUGUACACAUCAUCGCAGACCUGUAUGCUGAGGUCAUUGGAGUCCUUACACAGUCAAAGUUUCAAGCAGUGAGGAAGAAGUUCAUCACAGAACUGAAGGAGCUCAGGCUAAAAGAGCAGAGUCCCUAUGUGGUCCAGAGCAUCAUCAGUCUCAUCAUGGGCAUGAAGUUCUUCCGGGUGAAAAUGUAUCCUGUGGAGGAUUUUGAGGCUUCUUUUCAGUUCAUGCAGGUAAAUUAAAAAGUCAUUUUUUCA